AUGUACUCCGACUGCGAAUCAUACGACGACUACGACGACGGGUACGACGACGGCGACUGCUACGGCGACGGCGAUGUCUACGAUGACGACGCGAUCAGGGACGCGAAUGCUUCGGUGGAUGUCGACCCUCAUCAAGGGGAAGAUGGAGACGGUGGUUCUGAUAAUGUUGAACUGGAUGAUCCAGAGGUUAUCGUGGAUCAGGAUUCUGAGGAAGAUAAUGGGAAUCCUGAUGAUUAUCAUUAUGAUUUGGCUGGUAAUGAUUCUGGUCUUCGAGACUUUGCAACUCUUCAUGGAGGGAAUCAAGUUCAUGAUUCCUAUGAUUCAGAGGACACAGAACAGGAUUCUGAGAACGAUUAUGGGUAUCAUGAGGAUGAUAAUAGUGAUUCAGGGGACGACGAUGCAAGUAAUUCAUAUGUUGUCACUCUUCAUGGAGAGGAUCAUGGUCACAAUUCUUAUCACGCAGAGGACAGAGAACAGAGGGGCAAGAUCUACCUUGAGUUUGAUGGGGCUUCGAAAGGAAAUCCUGGUAGAGCUGGUGGAGGAGCAGUGCUUAAGUCUGAAGAUGGAACUGUGAUUACUCGAAUGCGUCAAGGCUUGGGCACAGCUACGAACAAUGAUGCUGAAUAUGAAUCACUCAAGAGUGGGUUGAAAAUUGCUCGUGAUAUGGGUUAUGACAAGAUACAUGUGAAGGGAGAUUCCAAACUUGUCUACAAGCAGGUAACAGGUAAGUGGCAAACCAGGAAUAAAAGAAUGGCUAAGCAUUGCGAUGAGGCAAGGCAACUUAUCGAUCAGUUCAAAGAAUUCGAAAUAAGCCAUCAUCCAAGGGAUCAAAAUACGGAUGCUGAUAGGGAAGCUAACCGAGCUGCUGACCUUCCUGAGGGUCGAAUCUUCUGGGAGUAUAACUGGCACUACUGAAGAUUUUAGUAGUUCAAAUGCUCUCCUUAUUGCUAAUUAGUAUAGAUCUUUGUAAAUAACUGGUGUCUAGUUUGAAUUGUGUGAACUCCUUACUGCUAAUUAGUUUAGAUCUUUGUAAAUAACUGGUGUCUAGUUUGGAUCGCGUGAACUGUUUACUACUGCUAAUCUAAAGGAGUUUUGUGGUUUUUAUUUUGCGGAGA